GGCGGGUUUCUUCCCUUAUCCUCGAAAGUUUACUUGUUUCCUUUCCGUCUAGGAGGGCUAUUGCCGGUAUAUGAGCGUCUCUAGGUCCUUCAUUCUUCGGGCGAUCGUGGCGAAGAUCCGUUCCUCCAUGAUAAUCUUGUUGUUUCGCAUUCACUUAUUUAUCGCCACAUAACACAACAGCAUCCGCAUCCGCACUUUGCCUCAACUAUUCGAAACUCUGGAGUCGAGCGACUGCGCUGGCCCCGCAUCGGUCUGUCGCAAUAGACUGAAAGGAUCUUCCCGACUAAUCCGCCGCUCAAAACAAACACAGCGCUACUCUAUAAUCUCGACUUUCUAGUUCGUGCUGCGCCUACAAUGGCCGCCACACCCAGACCAAUCAAAUGCAAGUCCUGCGACCGAGUUCUUGCAAAUGUCUCGCCAAAAGGCCUUGUUGCAACAGACGCGACCGAAAUCACAGGCUGUGACACGUGCCAGCGGUUCAGUGCACUCUACGAUGCUAUGCAGGCUGCGGACGAAGAAUACGCACCACUAGUUCAAAAAGGCGAUAAGCAUCACGGCAAGCAAUUUGCGGUGGCCAAAGUCCGAAAAACACAUAUGGAUUUCGACAACUGGUUGAUAGGGGUUGAGGCGCCCGUGAAGCAGAGCGCAGAGCAGCAAGAUGGGAGUAAAGAGGAAUGGCAAGAGGCAGAGGUGAAUACGCAAGAUAGAGCGGGACACCAUCAGGGCAUCAAGCGCACUCGCUCAUACUCACCUACCCAUCAACAGUCAGAAAUGGACAGUAAACGGAGUGAAGCGCUAGAGGAUCAACAGAUACAGCAGCAGCAGCAGCAGACUGUAUCAAUUCCGCAUCGGCCAUCGCCCAAACGCUCCUACAGCACUACAUCUCUACCGGAGCGCAAGCGUCUCAAGUUCUCGAAUUCUGUCGAGUUUCGGGAUGACUACAGAAACUACCUCACACUUGGCCGUUCUAGUGAUGAGUAUAUGCCGGGCCGAUACGCACCGCCGGAAGAAGGGUAUCUAGAUACUAGCGGGGCUGAUCAGAGCUUUCCCAAGUUCACGGGCUUGAAGAAGGUGAGAGGCGCAUGGGUUGAAGUGAAGGAAAAGGAUGAAAAAAUUGGAGGCCAGGGGGUGAAGAUAACUGGGGAGCUGCGAGGGCUUGGGAUCGCCGAUGAUGCUCCUCCACAAGAGCAUGGGAAUGAUACUGAGAAUGGACAGCGCCGGGAGGACGACGCUGAGCUUGACUCUCGUUCUGCAAGACUCGCACGGAGAACGGGCAGGUCUUCACAUGUGGGUACGGCACAGAAAGAUGGUAAUGCAGCGAGAAGUACAACUGGGAGAAGUACUGUCGCGCGAAGAGGACCAAGCGAUUCUUUGAAAAGAGCAUCGAACGAGGCACAAGACACUGCUAGCGACGCCGCUGCAGACCAACCAACGACAGAAGAAAAGAGGAAAUGCGACCUUCCAACCGGAAUUGCAGCGACUGUGACACAACGCCUCAGAGAAAGCGAACAAACAUUGGGUGGAGACACUGGGGAAGAUCAACAGGCGUAAACGCGCCCAAUGACAGACUCACUCAGCCUUGCCAACGAACAGCUGUCAAUGCCACAGUGGACCCUACCUCAAGCAUGCUGCUUAUUCCGGCUGUCACUUCGAUCGUGGGUUUAGUUGAUUGGUAGCCUUAUCAUAUCAGUCUGUCCUCCAUGCUAAGGAUUACAUCGUGUGCUUUCAACAGACGUGAUUCCGGUCAACGAUAGAUAGGGAGUCAUUCCUCCUCAAACCUCAC